AUGACGAGGCCCAGCAGAGUGAGUGAAGCUCUUGCAGGUAAUGUAGCAGUCCGCAGUUUCUUCUCGUUCCCCCUUCUCCCAGCCACCAGCAGCUUCCAAAACCCGAUAGAUCCAGAGCAGAUCCCACCGUAUGAAAACCUGUUUAGCAAAUAUGCCUAUAUGACAAUGAAAUCAUCCAUCUCCCACUACCCCUGCCGAAGAGACAAAUCAGGGAGCGUCCUCCGGGUUGGCAAUGAAUCGACCUGCAAGAAUGACAACAGCCUGACCCCCUGCAAUGGACCGCUGCCCUCCCCGGGGCCUUACAGAGUGAAAUUCCUUGCCAUGGACUCCACUGGAGCCAAGGCAGAGACAAGGUGGUCUGGUCCCAUUACUCUGAACAAAGCUCAAGCUUGGAAAACAGUCGACACGUGGCCCGGACGCCGCAGCGGAGACAUGAUUGUCAUCACCGUCAUCCUCUCUGUCCUCUGCGGGGUUGUCACCACUGGCUUCCUGUGCACCGUCUGCUAUGAAUGCCUCAAGGUUUGGCAGAACGGCCCACAGCAGAACACAGAGGAGCAGCGUCAGGAGUCCUUCCACCCGAGUCGCUAUGACACCCAUCACAUCCUCCCUGCCCCCCCUUUGCCAUCUCCACCUCCAGCGGACAUGCCCAGUCCUCCACUUGUCACUCCUCCUUCUUAGAGUCUUGCCUGCACAGACAGUUGCAUCCCCCUCUUUGGCUUUCCCAGUAGUUUUGCUCAACAACCAUAUCCAAGACCGCCCACCCGCCCCUGCUACAUUACAGCCCAGCCCUAUCUUAUACCCUUUUCUUGUUUAAAAUCCAAAAACAAAGUUUGUAUGUCCAGAAAAUACCAGGGAGCAGAAAGGGAGCCAUUUGCACUGACCUAUUCAGGGUUACAAAGGGAAGAUUGAAACCAGCUGCAUUAAAAGAUGAAGAAGAGGUUGGAUUUAUACCCCACCUUUCUUUCCUGUAAGGAGACCCAAAGUGGCUUACGAGCUUCUUUCCCUUCAUCUCCCCACAACAGAUACCUUGUGAGAUAGCUGGGGUGGAGAGAGUGCUGAGGGAACAGUGACUAGUAGCCCAAGGUCACCCAGCAGGAAUGUAGGAGUACACAAAUACAUCUGGUUCACAAGAUAAGCCUCAGCCGCUCAGGUGGAGGAGUGGGGAAUCAAACCCAGUUCUCCAGAUUAGAAUCCACCUGCUCUUAACCACUUCACCAUGCUGGAAACUAUGGCACAGCUCUGCCCCACCCAUACUUCUUUGUCUGCUUGGCUGUUCUAGGACCCUUCCAAAUAUCUCCCCAACUUCUGAUUCCCCACUCCAUCCUAUUUCUUUGCCUGUCCGUUUAGGCAAAUCCUGCUUUGGAAUUCAUACUCUGGUUUUUGUCCUCUCCAUUGUUUCAGAGACAAGAAUUGGGACCUGUCAGACCUCGGCUUUCCCAGCUGUCUCACAUGUUAUUCUACUGGGUGACAUCCAGGCCUCCCCUAACCAUGUUAAUAAACAGUUGAUAGUGGUC